AUGCAAGACUGGAGUCAUAUUCAACCGGGUAGAAUCCAAACGCUUUCUAGCGAACAGGAGAUUGUGCUCAAGCAGGUUUGGGCUCACUUUCUCAUCUAUUUUGGAUAUGAACUGUCCUUUCCCAUAAGCGAUUUGCCCUAUAAUGAAUGUUAUGUUGCAUCUUCAAGUGUUCAGCAAGGUGGAAACAUUGGUGGCGAUGCCAAUGGCUUGGCAAGAAGCUCCACCAGAGGUUCGCUCAAUUCCAAUGUAUCACGGAAAACCAGUGGAACUACCGCUAGUAAAAAGAAGGGAUUCUUUGGUAAAAAGAAGACUGAAACGGCUGAGGCUGCCCCCGCCGAUCUGAAGCGUAUGCAACAAAUUCAACAGCAAUCGUCAUACGAAAAGUACCACAAGGUGACUGAUAGCGAAAUUUCUGAUCGGAACAGAAACUUAUUUAUUCACUUUUACCGUCAGGGUGCCGAGUAUGAGGAUGAUUACGAUUCGGAUUUGGAGAACAGCGACGAAGAGUCUGACAAUCUUUCGUUGGAGACAUUUGUUACCGCCUCCACUUCGAUCACUGAUCCUGGAAUUGCUCUCGAGCCAACUCCUAUGAAGUCCAAUGGUGCUAGAAAUGGCUCUCUCAGCAAAACCACGAGUCGCCAUCACCACGGCUCUCACAAAAACCAUGGCAAACCAAACCCCACCGUUUCGUCGGUCAUGUCCAAGUACAAGCCAUUUGAAAUCCACCAGGCAUUGAUGCGUGCAAACAGACUGGACUUGUUUGACAAUUUCAUCUUGAGAUUCGUGAGAGCAAGAAAGUUGAAGCUUGAACCUGCUCUCAAUAUGAUGUUCAAGUCUUUGAACUGGAGAUACAACGAGAUGCCUUGUGACGACUAUCUUUUCGAAGGUGAUGCAAAAUCCUUCGUUACAGGAACAAACAAAGGUUUGAUUAAGAAUUUGACCACGUCGAAAUCUUACAUUAGAGGAGUCGACAAGAAGCGUCACCCAAUCUUCUUCUUCAAAGCUCGCUUGCACUACAGUUCUGAUUCUCCUAUUGAAGAGACUCAAAGAUUCGCAGUGUUGACCAUUGAGUCUUGUAGAUUGUUUUUGAGAGACGUUACCGAUGGUGUCGACCAAUGUUCGAUUUUGUUCGACUUGACCGGAUUUACCUUGAAAAACAAUGAUUACAGCGCCAUCAAGUUCUUGGCUGAAGUCUUUGAGGCCCACUUUCCAGAGUGUUUGGGAUACAUUUUCAUCCACAAUGCCCCAUGGAUUUUCUCCACCAUUUGGAACAUUAUCAAAAACUGGUUGGACCCAGUGGUUGCUUCGAAGAUCCAGUUCACCAAGAACUUGCAAGAAUUGAACCAGUUUGUUGAUAUUGAGCAUAUUCCAGACUAUAUUGGUGGUGAAGAUACUUACGCUGGAGAGUACAUUGAGCCCACUGAAGAGCACACUCAUCCACCAAAGUCAAAGGACAGCCAUUACUACCGUUUAAGACGAGAGAGAGAAAAUCUUCUUCUUAGACUUUUCGAGACAAGUAGACGGUGGGCCGAAUCCGUCAACCCAGAAGUGAGCAGUCGCUACUUGCAAGACAAGCUUGACUUGGACAUUGAGUUGGCCAAGAAUUACAUUGCUCUUGAUCCAUACAUUAGAUGCCCAUUCCUCUACGAUAGGAACGGGUCUCUUAAAUUAGGCAUCUAG